CGCAAGGGGGUCGUCAUCACUAGAGUACCACCCGACAGGCGCUACUGUUAGCCGUCAGUGCUUCUGGAAGCAUCUGCAGAAACCAGCUGUGCCAUGUGUGGAAUCUGGGCUUUGUUUGGCAGCGAUGAGUGCCUGUCGGUGCAGUGCACCAGCGCCAUGCGGAUCGCCCACCGGGGCCCCGACGCCUUCCGCUUCGAGAACGUCAACGGCUUCACCAACUGCUGCUUCGGCUUCCACCGGCUGGCCGUGGUGGACCAGCUGUACGGCAUGCAGCCGCUACGCAUCAAGAAGUUCCCCUUCCUGUGGCUCUGCUACAACGGAGAGAUCUACAACCAUCACACGCUGAGGAAGCAGUUUGACUUUGACCACCAGACCAAAGUGGACGGGGAGAUCUUGCUCCACCUGUACGACCGCUUCGGCCUCCAGAAGAUGGCCUCCCUCCUGGACGGCGUGUUCGCCUUCAUCCUGCUGGACACCGCCAACAGGAAGGUCUUUCUGGGCCGGGACACGUACGGCGUCCGUCCGUUGUUCAAGUUCCUCACGGACGACGGCUUCCUCGGUGUCUGUUCCGAGGCCAAAGGACUCACGGACAUCACCCGGGGAACGGCGGCCCCCGCCAACAUCGCCGCCCUCCUCCCCGGCCACUUCGAGGCCUUCGACUUGCAGCCCAGCGGAAAGGUCCAGUCGGUCCAGAUGGAGCCGUUCCACUGCUGCACCAGAGAGCCCGCCCACGCCGUCUACGACACGGUGGAGGCGCUGCCCACGGGCUUCGAUGAGGAAACGGUGAAAGGCAACGUGAGGGUCCUGUUUGAGAACGCCGUGAGGAAGCGGCUCAUGGCUCAGAGGAGGAUCGGCUGUUUGCUGUCAGGUGGUCUGGACUCCAGCUUGGUUGCUGCCACGCUGGUGAAGCUGGCCAAGGAGGAGCAGCUGCAGUACCCCAUCCAGACCUUCUCCAUCGGCUCGGAGGACAGUCCGGACGUCUUGGCUGCUCGGAAGGUUGCCGCUCACAUCGGCAGCGAACACCACGAAGUGAACUUCACUGCAGAAGAAGGAAUCAAAGUUGUGGAGGAAGUCAUCUACCACCUGGAGACCUAUGACAUCACCACUGUACGCGCCUCUGUUGGCAUGUACCUGAUCUCCAAGUACAUCAAGGAGAAGUCUGAAAGUGUGGUGAUCUUCUCUGGAGAGGGCGCUGACGAGCUGACUCAGGGCUACCUUUACUUCCACCAGGCGCCGACGCCCGAAGCGGCCGCGGAGGACAGCGUCCGGCUGCUGAAGGAGCUCUACCUGUUCGACGUGCUGCGGGCCGACCGCACCACCGCUGCACACGGUCUGGAGCUCCGGGUUCCGUUCCUGGACCACCGGUUCACCGCGUACUACCUGUCUCUGCCCGAGGACAUGAGGACCCCCAAGCGCGGCGUGGAGAAGCACCUCCUCAGGGCCUCCUUCGAGGGUCUGGGCCUGAUCCCCCAGGAGAUCCUGUGGAGGCGCAAAGAGGCGUUCAGUGACGGCAUGAUGUCCGUGAAGAAGUCGUGGUACGAGUGCCUGCAGGAGCACCUGGAGGCCAAGGUGACCGACGUCCAGCUGGCGGCGGCCUCGGCGGCGUUCCCUCACAACCCGCCGCUCACCAAGGAGGCGUACUACUUCCGGCAGGUGUUUGAGGCGCGCUACCCGGGCCAGGCCCAGUGGCUGACCCACUACUGGAUGCCCCGCUGGACCGACGCCAGCGACCCGUCGGCCCGCACGCUGGCCAUCUACCAGCCCGACGCAGAGCAGUGAUCGGCCCGAGCCGCCGCGGGGGUCAGUCUGCAACGCGGUGACCUCGGAGCGUUGCAGCCCAAGUGAAGGCCGAGCCGUUCGGGCGUUAGUACGACUCACACAGCCGACUGGAACUGACUCGGCUUCAUGAGGCAGUUUGGUACAUUUUACUACGUUAAUGAAUUUUGUCUGUUGCCAUCUUGGUCCAUCACCUUAAGCCCCGCCCCUAAAGCGUCCCCUGCUUCAUGGUCUGUGGGACUCUAAAUGACCAUCAUGUACUUUACUGAGGGAAUACAUCAAGAUAGAAGUAGAGUCACUAUAUAUACUUCGAUACAACCAGAGGAGUCGCCCCCUGGUGGUCAGGAGAGAGAAGGCAUCUUUAACACAUGCCUGUUGUCUUGCAGCCAGAGACCAGAACACAGGCUGUGGCUCCUUAGUCAGGUUUAUAUGUGUUUAAUCAUGUUUUAACCCAUUUACAUCAGAUGUGGUAUCUUUUAUUAUUAUUAUAGCACACAGUGAAUCAUGAGUUCUAUGUCGUUCCUUCUGAGCAGACGUGAAACCUGAUUGAGAUGUGAUCCAUCACCGUAAACAGCCCGUCACCAUUAAGAUGGGCUCUAUGGACCGAGCAGUGCCUUGAGUCACCGAACCACUAUCAUGUAUAUAAAUAAAUAUAUAUAUUUAACAUAUAUAUAAAUAUAUAUAUUUAAAUAUAUACAGUGCCUUGAGCCACCCACCAUCAUUGGUCACAUUUAUAUAUAUAAAUAUGUAUAUAAAUAAAUAUGGAUAUAUAUUUUAAUAUAUGUUUAAAUUGAUCUAAAUAUAUAUAAUAAAUAUGUGCUACCACAAA